AUGGUGGAGAAACCACACUGUUAUAUGGGAGGCAGGGCAACCGUGGCGGCCAUCCCAUGGCCAUGGCCACGUGCCAGCCAUCCACCACAUCCCGGCGACCCACAAGACCCCCCAUGCGAUCACUCUGCUAACCGUAGUGCCCCAUUCCCCUCGCUCGCCCCUCCCCCUCUGAGAUUCGCUCGUGCCCGAGACACAACCGCCGCCACCUCGUCGAUCCCGCGGCCGCCGACCUCCCCUCGUCGCGCCAAGGCGUCCAAGAGCUGCGCCAGCUUCACCUGCUUCGACUACGAGCAUCGGCUCAGGCUAGGAGGCCCCGAGCGCUCGCCAUCGGGCGUCUUCCCCGCGUCCAGUCGCCGCUUCCUCAUCCCAGAUCUCCUCCCUCAGCACUCUCCCGGCCUCCCGAGCACGUCAUCGAGGACCGCUACCCCGAGACUGACGCUGAUGCCCCUGAGUAUGACUACGUCGACGACGACCCCUCCUUCUUGCCAAAGCAACCAGAUGCUGGAGCCCAGGAGCCAGACGCCACCGUCGAUGACGACUCCUACUACACCGGAGGUGCCUACUACUACGUGCAGCCCGCUCACGACGACCAGUAGUAGUUAG